UCUCAAGUCUUCUCUCGUCCAAUAUCCUCCACUGGUAUCUGAUUAAAAAAAAAGGCUCAAGAUGUAUGCGCUCACGCUGGCAGCAGAAUUAAAUGGGGUUACCAAUCUGCGGCCUAAGGAUACCGCAGAGAGUCCUUUCUGGUAUACCUUCACGGUCCAAUGUACUUCAUGCCGAGAGACGCACGGAAACCCCAUUGCCAUCAGCAGAUUUGAAACCAACGAGUUGAGUGGUAGUAGGGGAGAGGCAAAUUUCGUAUGGAAAUGCAAGAAUUGCAAGCGAGAAUCAUCCUGCUCCAUCAAGACUACUCCCAAGCCGUAUGAACAAAACGAGCCUCCGAAACAACAGACGAUCAUCGAAUUCGACUGCCGAGGCUUGGAGUUCGUAACUUUCACUCCAGAGGGUGAAUGGUUGGCAGAUGGUAUAGAGUCCGGAACUAAGUUCGAAGGGGUUGAUCUACAAGAGGGAGAAUGGUAUGAGUACGAUGAGAAAGCGAAUGAUGAGGUUAGCAUUAAGGAUUUGAAUUGGGACAUCAAGAGAGCUUGAGCCUUGCUGCCAAGACGAAGUUGACUACCUACCUUUCCGCCCUUGAUAUAUGUGAGCCCAGUCAAUAUACCCCAGUUAAACCUUCAAAUAUUUCUGUCUUUACAUCAUUGAAAUAGUGAG